AAUCAUCAGUAUCACAUCUCGCUUCUGGCUGUACCUAUUAUAGCAACAGAGAUCGCUUAACACUUCUCGCAGACUGACUCUGGUCCCCCCUAAACGGUGGCUAGUGUGGCAUAUGUUCUGUCUCCAUCUGUUUUGAAUAGUCUAUAAUCUGGACGACGGUAUUAUCAACCAUCCAUGAUGCUGCCGCUCUCCCUUCUGCUGCUCCUUGUUUUCCCCGCUGCGCUCUUAGUGGCAGCACAGGGCGCCGUUGACCUCCAGGGUUUCAGCUUCCACAGAGGAAGUACAGCCUACGACCCAACAGACCCUUGCAUGGUGGUGAUUCCCCCAUGUAUGAGUGAGGCUGACCGCUUUAGCCUGGAGGCCCUGCGGAGCAUCCAUCAGAAGAUUGAUGAUGACCAGGAUGGCGAGAUCGAGGUGGAGGAGAGUGUGGAGUUUAUCAUUGAAGACAUGAAGCAGCAGCAGACCAACAAACAUAGCAACUUGCAUAGGGAAGACCAGCACAUCACAGUUGAGGAGCUCUGGAGGGGCUGGAAGUCAUCUGAAGUUCAUAACUGGACUCAGGAUGACGUGCUCCGCUGGCUGAAGGAGUUUGUUGAGUUGCCACAGUAUGAGAGGAACUUCAAAGAUUUUAAGGUCAAUGGAAACACACUUCCCAGGAUCGCAGCUAAUGAGCCUUCAUUCCUGAGUGGACAUUUGAGGGUUCAGGACCAGAGGGACAAGCAGAAACUCAACAUCAAAGCUCUGGAUGUUGUUCUGUUUGGACCGCCCACACGUCCCCCUCAUAAUUACAUGAAGGACCUGCUGCUAAUUGUAUCAGUGGUGAUGGGAGUUGGAGGCUGCUGGUUUGCCCAGACCCAGAACAAAGCCAGUAAAAUCCAUGUUGCCAGGAUGAUUAAAGAUUUGGAAAGUCUGCAGAGGGCUGAACAGAGCCUCAUGGAUAUGCAAGAACAGCUGGAGCGAGCCCAGGAGGAAAAGCGGAAUGUUGCAGAGGAGAAACAGAACCUGGAAGAGAAGAUGAGAGAUGAGAUCAUGGGGGCACAGGAGGAGGCUCAUCGCCUGCACCAGCUGAGACAAGGAGCUGUCAGUGAGCUCAGCCGCCUUCGAUAUGCAGAGGAAGAGCUAGAGCAGGUUCUUGGAGCACUUAAGCAAGCAGAAAAGGAUAUGAAUGCUAGCUGGACUGCCUCAGAGGCACUCCAGCAGUGGCUGCAGCUGACUCAUGAGGUAGAGGUUCAGUACUACAAUGUCAAGAAGCACGGCGCAGAACUACAACUUGCCACUGCCAAGGAAGAGGCAGAGAAGAUUAAGAAAAAGAGGAACUCAGUGCUUGGUACCCUCCAUGUAGCCCAUAGCUCAUCUUUAGACCAAGUUGAUCAAAAGAUCCUGGAGGCAAAGAACGCCUUGUCUGAGGUAACAGCCUGUUUGCGAGAGCGCCUCCACCGAUGGCAGCAGAUUGAGCGUCUCUGUGGCUUCCCAAUCAUUAGGAACCCUGGCCUAGCAAACCUCACAGCUCAGCUCUACUCAGACGCAGUUGCUCUUGGGUUACCCAGAGGGCUCCAACAACCUUGCUCAUACCACACCUCUGUCCAUGGAUCUAUAGAGGAUCUUUUAGAAGAUCCUACAUCUCCAAUGUUACCACAGAUGACAGUUCCAGUUCCGCCUCUGAAGCGUUCUCCUAGAACACAGGGAUCCACCAUAUGUCGGUCACGUCGUCCUGGUGUCAUCACUCAGCCAUCGGCCUCCAUGAUCUCUCCGGACCCUGAUCUUCUCAUCCCCAUCAGUGCACCUUAUCCUUGCCUCGAUGAGGAACAAGGAGUCUUCCUUAAAACUCUGAAGAAACAAGACUCCGAAGAGAGGUUUUCUGACACAGAGUAUAUUACCUCACCUCCUCUGAUCAAAAUGUUUCCCAGUCAAAGUGUUGCGAGUUCUUCACAGAAGCUUUACUAUGAUGAAGCUGAGCUGCUCUCAGACAGCUCAAUCAUCAAGACUUUGACUAAAGAAACAGAGGCUGUCGUUGAAUCUCCAAUUCGCAAAAUAUAUAUGGAAGAGCUUGAAGCUUCUGUAGACGUUUCUGGCAGGAUGAUGGCAAAAGACCAAGGGUUGGAUACUUCUUUGGAAACACUCUCUUUUAAGAAGCCACAAGAUGAGUCUUCAAUGGAGGCUGCAUCCAGGAAAUUAUCCAGGGAAAGGAGUGAAAUUCCUCUGAAUGUUGCAGGCAGAAAGUUAUUUUCUAAUGAGAUGGAUGCAGAAUUUCCAGCAAGGAAAGUAGAGAGAGAUACGUUAGGGGAAUUGAAGGAUCCUAUCUCAAGGAGUGUUUACAGAGAAAGAAGUGAUUUACCUAUAGACAUGAGAAAGAUUAUUUGGAAUGAAGUGGAAGCAAAAACAGAUGUGGCACCAAGGAAGAUAUCAAAAGAUAUGAUGGGGGCUUCAUUUGACAGCGUUUCAAGAAAGAUGAUCCGAGAAGACAUUGACUAUCCAUUCGACUCAGUACCAAGAAGGAGUACAAGAGACAUGGUUGGAAUGUCCAUCGACACAGGUUCUAGAAAACUUACAAGGAACAGAGGUGAAUGCCAACUUGAUUCUUCUGUGCGAGCUUUAGCAAUGGACAUUGUUGAGACAACUAGAAUACCAUCGAGGAAGAUAUCCAGAGAAGAGCUGGAGGAUUAUGGUAGCAUGUUAAACAGAGAAAAAAUCGAAUCACUUAUGGAUACCUCAUCUUUAACAGAGAGGCAAGAGUACGGUUCGGAACCAUCAACAAGUAGGAGGAUACAUAGAGAUGAACUUGAGAUGUCUGCUGGUUCUCUCAGAAGGAGACUACCAAGACUGACACGAAAUGACAGUGACAGCUCCACAGACAACCCCUCAGGAAAAAUGUGCUGGGAAAGAGUAGAUGUCCCAGUUGAAAUACCAAGACAACCCAUAACACGGGAGGAAUUAGGGGCAUCUGAAUUAAGUUCAAGCCAGGGUCCCAUUGGACAGCCAGACCUUAUGGUAACCUCACAGGUGCCAUGGCAGUCAUCGUCAGACCUUUUCACUGUUGGCCCAUUGAGUCAACUUGUUUAUGAUGGAAUCCUUGAGAAGUCCUGCAGCUCCAUGGCUACUGUCCCAUCCGGCCUUUCUGCCUCUACACCCAACCUGCCCCACAGCAGGUUGCAAGCAGAAGAACCACCACCAGCAGCAACAAGGAUUGCUUUCCCGACUCCUGCAUCUUCAAGUGAGACUGGAGAUGAAAAGCACAAGGAAAAGGAAAAGAGCAAGAGAUCCAUGAAGCUUAAAAAUCUGUUUAAAAAGAAAAAUGAUUCAGCUUCAGAGAAGCUUCAAAGUGGUCUACAGAAACUCUGAUCAUUGGCUUUUCUUUCUUUUUGUAAAGAUAUAAUUGAACCAGACAGCCCUACAACUUUUAAAUUGCAAAUUUACUUGCACUUAACUGUGUGCUGUUGGGUAGUUUGGCCUUAGAAUUAGGGGGUGAGGAUCAUUGGUGGCAGACUUGCCAAGAAAAACCUGAUCCGAAGUGCGGCUCACUAUUUUCCUGCUCUAAGGGUGCUUUAUUUAGACAGUUGGAGGCACAUACAUAGGCUUGUUCACGACUCGUGUUCCUCUGUUUGUUGCACAAACACAGGGUCAGGCAGCAGUGCUCCUACCCCUCAGUUACUUAUCAGUACUUAUCUGAUGUUCAGUGGAAAGGAGUUGUUGGCUGCAAUUGAGGCCUGGGAGACAGAAAGCUUACAUUUCUCCUGAAAUCAGUAUACUUCUUACUGCAUUGUGCCGCUGUUCUUUGGAUGCAGAAGAUGAAGACAUGCUCACUGCUCACCUCUACCAAGCCUAGUUCACCUAAAGACAGCUUUCAGCUGGGCCCUGUGCGGCCCUAAAGCCCCAGCCUGGAACAGGGGUGACGUGAGCCUUGUCUUUUAAACAGUAACUGCUGAAAGUUGCUGCAUAGUUUGCAACAUGUUUGCCUGGAGACAUGCUUAGUUUUUAAGGAUGAUAGAAGAAAAUCCUCUGAUUAAUUGGAGUUGUAUUACUCCAAAAACACACCUUAAGAUAAUCAGGAGACUUAAGACAACUCUUUUUUGCACCUUGUGCCCAGAUUGUGUGCCAUUUACAGUAGAUUGCAAAAGGGGGCCCUAAAAGCACUGUGCAGUUAGCUUUAGACCAUUAUAGCCAUAGAUUGAUCAAAUAGGGCUUUAAGUGUCUGAGUGGAGAGAUUGACAUUUUUUUCACAAGUCAUUUUGUAUUCAAAGCUGAUUUAUUUUUGUCAUGAAGUCUUAUGUAGGGGUAUGGUUGAGAUGUAGAUUUCUUGAAGCUGUGCCUAUUUUUCCUUGUUUUUUCUUGUUUUUGAAAAUGUGCUGAUUUUAAAAUGACAAUGCUCGUCUGUACAACAGAGACAAGGCUUGAAUUGUAUUUAAAUCACUAAUGAAGCUGUACUUCUUUUUUAAUUGAUAAGAUUAUUUUAAAGCCCAGUAAACAUUUAAACAGAGAUGGACACAAUUAAUCCAAACUUAAAUUGGUUAACCGUUAAUCCGAUAAGAAAGACAUUAACUUCUAUGACAGUUAAUCCGUCCAUUCUGUUCAAAAUGAACAGAAGUUACUGUUAACAUUAAAACCAUAUGAAAGUCCGAUGGUCAGCUGCCCUUGCGGCUACAACGGAAAGGGUCCUCACAAUCCAAAUACAGUAAAAGAUUGAAUCCAGAACACAGAAUAUCCUUAAUGAUUCACAAAUUACCAAAGGCUAAUUGCUCUUUCUCAAGUUAUCCGUGAUCCAUCUUAUUAUGUAAGAUCAGGAUUUGGAUCAUUGCACUUUUAAUGCAAAGAACCUCAGCAUAGAAGCUCCUAGUAACAGGAAUUUGGGUUAUUUUUAGUGAUCCAGAUUAUCUAGCUCAGCUCAGCAAGAGCUGGCUCUUACAGCUCUCAAACUGCUCUUUUUAAUUCCUGAAAACUGUAUAAAGUUUGGAUAAUAUUUUUGUAGUUUACAUCCACUUUAAAAGUGAAUUAAAAAGUCAUUCUGAUAUUUAACGAUUAAUGGAUUUGGGGACGUGUCCCCAGCCUUACCUAUAAGAUAAGAUAGAUAAGAUAGUCCUUUACUCGUCCCACAACGGGGAAAUUCAAGAUAGGAUAUUGGCCCUACUGCAAUACUUUUUUUUAAGUAGGUGGGGAAUAGGAAAACAGGAUCAUUUUAAUCAGUAUUGAACGGAAGUAGUGUAUUUUUUUUAAACAAAGAAAAUUACAGCUACACAUUGCUUAAGAAAGGUACAAGAGUUUCUGAGUUUCUGACAAUAUUUGAUUAUCGCUACAGUAAGGAGGUUUUUUUUUCACAUAUUUACAACUGAUUGUUGCUUCCUUGUCUUGACAAGUAAUUUUACUCAGGUUUUAUUUGGGUUUUAAAACCAUGUUUUUUGGGUUAAAACAGCCUUUCUUUAUUUCAAGAGCAUUCAAAGUGUGAAAUACACUUUGAAGGUGUGAAUUUCCAGUAAAUUGUUGCGUUAUCAGGCACUAAAUCAAGGUGAUCUGAAUCUCCUGUUCCCUAUGCUGGCAUCAUUAAAGUUGCUUGCUGCUUUUUAUUGUU